AGCUAGCUCUGUUCACGAUUUGGUAGGACUCCGGAACCAAGGUGAUUUGUGCGGCAUUCCAGCGACCACAACAACAGCAACCAAAAGCGUUCUACGUUUAUAUUUGUUGUUGAUUCUCUUGCUGAGAUAAAAUAUGGUAAAGCCAGACAUUCACACUCUGGCACACCACCUGAAGCAGGAGAGAUUGUACGUGACUUCAGAAAGACAGCUUAUCCAGCGGCUCAAUGGUGAUGUCCUGAAGACAGCAGAGAGGCUGUACCGUGCAGCUUGGAUAGCCAAGCAGCAGAGGAUAAACCUUGACCGCCUCAUCCUUACCAGUGCAGACGCUUCCCCAGCCGAAUGCUGUCAGCAUGCCAAGGUGUUGGAGAAUACGCAGUUUGCAGAUGGAUAUAAGUUGUUGGGCUUUCAGGAGAGCAUUUAUGGAGAGUUUCUUGGGCGGCUGAGGGACAAUCCGCGACUGGUUGCCUCCUUUGUAGUUGCUGGGGAGAGACUUAUCCAGGAACAUGCACAAGGAGUGAUCCACACUGUUUUUACCUCUCUAUAUGGCAACUGCAUCAUGCAGGAGGAUGAGAGCUACUUACUACAGGUCCUACGUUACCUAAUUGAAUUCGAGCUUAAGGAGAGUGACAAUCCUCGUCGCCUGCUACGCCGGGGCACAUGUGCUUUUAGCAUAUUAUUUAAGCUCUUCUCUGAGGGCCUGUACUCGGCCAAACUAUUCCUUACUGCCACCUUACACGAACCCAUUAUGCAGCUCCUGGUAGAGGAUGAGGACCACCUAGAGACCGACCCAGGCAAACUGACUGAGAGGUUUACCCCGACACAACAGGAGCGCCUUUUUGGCGAGAAAGGCACUGAUGCUUAUCGCCAAAAGGUUCAGGCAGCCGUGGAAGCAAAUGAGGCGAAACUAGUGGCUCUUGUUAACUCCUUUAUUGGAUACCUCAAGCAGAACACCUACUGCUUUCCUCAGAGCUUACGCUGGAUUGUGUCUCAAAUGUACAAGUCGCUAGAGCGUGUGGAGGGGCUGGAGGUAGGUGAGGUGAGGACCAUGUGCACAGACCUACUGCUGACCUGUUUUAUCUGCCCAUCCAUUGUCAACCCUGAACAGUAUGGAAUCAUCUCAGACGCACCCAUCAAUGAAGUCGCACGCUUUAAUCUUAUGCAGGUGGGUCAGUUACUACAGCAAUUAGCCAUGGUGGAUACGGAUAAUGGGGAUCCCAGACGGAAAAGCAGUUUAUCAAAAUUUGAUAAAAGUUGUGUUGCUGCCUUUUUGGACAUUGUGAUUGGUGGAAGAGUUGUGGAGACCCCUCCGAUGUCUUCAAUAAACCUUUUAGAUGGACUUACUCGAACUGUGAUUUAUAUCACUCAUCAUCAACUGUUUACUUUGGUGGACUUUGUACAUAGUGUGACUACAAGUGACCAGCUUAGAGAUGAAGAUCACUUAGCACUGGAAACUCUGCUAGCCAAUCUACCAAAGUCCUGCACAGUUAAGAGCAACAGCUUAGAGCUCACACCUUCCAACACACCCCAGCUUUCCCCGGCUACUACACCUGCCAACAAGAAGAACCGACUAUCCAUAGCUUCACGUAGUCGCUCCCGCUCCAACAUCGCUCAGGAUAGUGAGGUGGAUGCUAGCCUCCAGGACUCCCAACAGGAAGAUAUACCUGAGGAGGUGCUUGUCAUUUCAUUAGGAACUUCACCUCAAACUAUGCCUGGAAUGAUGCCGGAGAAUGAGGUACUGAACUUGCAGCUGUCAGAUGGAGCACAAGGAGAUCCCCAAGCUGAUGUGACCAAACUUCAUGGCAAAUCUGACAAAACGCUGCGCUUCUCACUUUGCAGUGACAAUCUUGAAGGCAUCUCUGAAGGUCCAUCUAACCGCUCCAACUCUGUCUCAUCUCUGGACCUGGAGGGGGAAUCUGUGUCUGAACUAGGCCCAGGACCAUCCAUUGGAAAUGGUGUUGAAGCUUUGCAGCUAUUAGAGCAUGAGCAUGCCACAACUCAAGACAACCUAGAUGAUAAACUCAGAAAAUUUGAAAUUCGGGACAUGAUGGGUCUGACAGAGGAUCGGGAUAUCUCUGAAACAGUCAGUGAGACUUGGAGCACUGAUGUCCUUGGUAGUGAUUUUGACCCUAACAUGGAUGAAGACAGACUCCAGGAGAUAGCAGGGGCAACGAUGGACAACAUGCUGGGGAGCCUGAUGUGUUUUUCAGCACAUGGCCCUGUUCUUUUGGAACCCUGUGGUUCUACAAUAUCUGAGACCACAAGUGAGGCUUGGAGUGUAGAAGUUCUUCCCAGCGACUCAGAAACUGCAGAUUCAAAGCAGGAGGAGCGCUUGCAGGAAUUAGAAAGCUGCUCAGGGGUGGGCAGUACUUCUGAUGACACUGAAGUUAGAGAAGUCAGCUCUCGACCCAGCACCCCGGGCUUAAGCAUAGUCUCUGGUAUUAGUGCAACGUCUGAAGACAUCCCCAAUAAGAUUGAAGACCUGCGCUCAGAAUGUAGCUCUGAUUUUGGAGGCAAAGACUCUGUCACCAGUCCAGAUGUAGAUGAAGCUUCACAAGGAGCGCAUGCUCUUCCCUGUGUGCCUGUCCAAGCUGUUUCUUUGUUGAGUAUGUUUGAUCCACUUUCUUCUGCAGAAGGCACAUGCAUUGGCACCAUAGUGCGGCCAAAGGUCCAGUACACCAGACCUGCACACCCUCCCCCAGACCCUCCAAUUCAAGAACCUUGUGUCACAGGACCUUCUGAGCAACGGCCAUCCCUCUUUAACCCUAAUUGCCAGGCCCAGGCCGAUUUGGAGCAUACUAAACUAAGGCACUCAUACCCAGAUCGUCUGGUCAGGAGUCGCAGCACAGACACAUGUACAGGACGUAGGCCCAGCAGUGACCCGUGUAUAAACCGACGAACCAUGGUGGAAGAUAAGGACCAAGCUGGGACUUUUCCUACUGGAAUUAGUGCUUCUACAAGCAAGGAUUCACUUAAAGCAGAGGGAGAAGACAAGAAGGACAGUGAUGAUGAGAAAUCUGACAGAAACAGACCAUGGUGGAAGAAACGUUUUGUUCCUGCUAUUCCUAAAGCACCAAUCGCAGCAUUCCGAAAGCGGGACAGGAUCGAAAAGGAUGAUCUAGGAGCAGAGAGGGUCCCCCAAGGUAUGUCAGAUGAGCCUUCAUUACUUAGGCAGAACUGUCAAGCUCAGGCAGCAGAGGACAUAUUGGACAAGUACAGGAACAUAAAGAGAAUCAGUCCAGAAAUUUGCAGAGAGGGUGAAAGUGAACAUGACUCCCCUAGAGAUGAAGCUCUGCAAAACAUCUCUGCAGAUGACCUUACAGACUCUGCCAGUCAGAUUGCACAUUCUCAAGACAACAAGUUUUCAUUUAGUGAUGCUAAGAAGAAACUGCGUCUGGCUUUGUGCUCAGCAGAUUCCGUAGUUUUUCCUAUUCUGCCCACUGCAACUACACGGAAUGGGCUUCCUGACCAUACUGAUCCAGAGGACAACGAGAUUGUGUGCUUUUUAAAAGUACAACUGGCAGAGGCCAUUAAUCUGCAGGAUAAGAACCAGAUGGCUCAGAUCCAGGAGACCAUGCGCUGCAUCAGCCGCUUUGACCCACGCACCUGCAGAAAACUGCUGACUGCCAUUGCUGAGGACUACAGAAAGAGAGCUCCGUACAUUGCGUAUUUGACAAGAUGCCGCCAGGGGCUGCAGACAUCUCAGGCUCAUCUAGAGAGGCUCUUGCAGAGGGUACUUAGAGAUAAAGAAGUGGCCAAUCGCUAUUUUACCACUGUCUGUGUCCGACUGCUCCUAGAACAAAUGGAGUCCAAGAUGCAGGAGUUUAUCAGAGCAUUUCAGGGCUUUACGGCAGCUGAUGAUAAGACUGCAGCAGUGGAGGAUUUCCUGCGUUACCUUUAUGGUGCCAUGGCACAUGAUGCCAUUUGGCAGUAUGCAAGUGAGGAGCAGCUACAGGAUGCCCAGAUGGCCAUUGAACGCAGCGUCAUGAAUCACAUCUUUAAACUGGCCUUUUACCCCAACCAGGAUGGAGACAUUUUACGAGACCAGGUCCUGCAAGAGCACAUUAGUCGUCUGUCAAAAGUAGUGACUGCCAACCACAAGGCUCUCCAAAUUUCAGAGGUGUAUUUGAGGGAAGCGCCGUGGCCUUCUGCACAGGCAGAGAUUAGGACAAUCAGUGCUUAUAAGACUCCACGGGACAAAGUGCAGUGCAUCUUGCGCAUGUCCUCCACCAUUAUGAAUCUUCUCCGUUUGGCCAACGAGGAUGCAGUGCCUGGAGCUGAUGACUUUGUCCCUGUGCUUGUUUUUGUCCUUAUAAGGGCAAAUCCACCAUGUCUUCUGUCCACUGUUCAGUAUAUUAAUAAUUUUUAUGCCAGCCAGCUGAGUGGGGAGGAGUCCUAUUUGUGGGUGCAGUUCACAGCUGCUGUUGAAUUCAUUAAAACCAUUGAUGAUCGCAAAUGAAGCAAAACAGUCACCUGUACAGGAUGACUGUAGGAUUGGGAGAAAGAGAAAAAAAAGACUUUGCAACAAGCUACUCCAUCACUGAUUUCACACAGCAAGUCACCAAUUUACUUUGCAGAGUUUAUUAAACUGUAUAUGGAGCCAGAAAGACCGUUAACAUUUGAAGUAUGUUUAAUUAUGUUCAUGAAAAAAUAUAUAGAUUAAAGAUCAGGACUCCAAACUAAUCUUCUUAAAUGGAUGUUGGACAUUAUAUCUUGUUAGUGUGACUUAGGUGGUGGCUCUCAUUAAAAGAUUUUUGUAAUUAUUAGUACAAAGCAUGGGUAUUUUAAUAUCAAUUUAAACCGAAAAAGGGACAAGCCGUGGUGAUUGUGUAAUUAUAUUAGGCUGGCUUAAGAAUAAUGCAUUCUUGUGUACAUGGUGUAGUCAUUUCCUCAUUUUAAACCCUAACCAUUUUAUACAUCACAUUAGAGAAUCUUCCCUAAAGUUUUUUAAAAUCACAGUCACAGCAAAACUACAGUAGUGUAAAAGAUGACAAUACAAUUCAUAACAAAGAAGCUUGUAAAUGAUGUUAACAUUUUUAAUCAUUUCCUUAAAAAUGAUUUGAUCAAAACAGAAGGACCCUCAUUUAUAUAAAUAAUAGUGUAUUUAUUCUUUUGUUUUAAAAAGUUUUGCAAAUUUGCCAUUAGAUAAAAGUGUUAAAAAGUAAAUGUGCACUUUGGAGAAAUGUGCUUAAAUGUUAACAAUAUACAGAAUUAAUGAAAAAGUUUUUCUCUGUAAACAGAUUGACAAGUAUUUGUGUUUAUAGUUCUAUAUUUACCUUGCAUAUUCCAUUUUUUAUUAUUUGAUAUUUUAAUUGUACUUUACGCAUUGGCUUCUGUUUUUAAACAUUUUCGUCUUUGGCAGUACUGUGCUAUAUCAACAAAUGUGCAGCCACUAGAAUCUACAAUCAAAUGUAUAACUGAAAUUUAGUUUCAUACAUUUAAAUAACUUAUAGACAAUUAACUUUGUCUUAUAAUUGGUACAGAAAAUUGGCUUAAAGUGCAGGGAACUUUUUUAACUUUUUCUUCUUAAUUCACAACUGAAAACGGUAAGGUGAGCAGGUAUAAGCUGUAAGAUAAAGAAUCAGCUCUGCAUCUGUGUUAACUACUAUAUUUAGACAUUGUUUUAGCAACAAAAAACAUUAUAGUAACCUGUCCAAAAAGAACAAUAAAUUGCUGGUGUCUGUUAAAAUGGACUUUAAAAUGUAA